AUGUCACCUAACGUUAGACGAAGCGCCAGACUUCAGGCCUCAAUACCGAGGAAGCCACUCACAAUCGGGCAACUGCCAUCCCCCGAGCCCUCGGCAACAAGAACAAAGCGGAAAGCCACAGCAAUUACCUCUGAACGCAACGUAAAGGCUAGCAAGGUGCUGAAGACAAAAGCCUUGACCGGGAAAACAUCAAAGUCAUCUACUAAGGCUAAUAUUACGGAUGUUGAGGAUAAAUUACUGUCUUUGCCACCGGAGAUAUUUGACCUCAUCAUACAAAAUAUUCCCAACAAAGCCACUUUGAGUAGAUUAAGCAGAACAAGCAAGAACUUUCAGGCGCUCCUGUCUCCACGUCUUUACAGUCGCGUCUCUGUUGAUGUUACUUACCACUCUCAUAUCGCAAAGUUCAUUCGCAACAUUGAACCGCACCUCAGUAUCAGGCAAAGAAAACAGCUGAAGAAGGAAGGGAAGUACAGAGGGCAACAAGACGAGUACCCGAGCAACCUUGGUCCAAAGGAGAAGCCGGCUUGUGCAGAGCAUGUUCGCCAGCUAUCUGUCAAUCAACUCAACCCAGGCAGGAAGCAUGCCCAGAUCCUGUAUCGGUAUAUCGAGGAGGCAUUGCAAAACAUGAGAAAUAUCGAAGUUCUAGAAUUCGAUACUAUUGACUAUGAAAUAGCUCAGGGCAUUGCAAGGUUGGAGAAGUUACAAGCCCUAUCCAUCUGCCCAAACUAUGAAGAAGAGGAAUUCAGCCAGGCUGAAUCCGAUUCACUCAAAGUGAUCAAGAAUUUGAGACAUUUACGUCUGGGAGGUAGCGACGAGUUCGGCACCCUCCAGGCUCUUCUGCUAAACUCAGGAUCCACCCUCGAGAGCCUCGAUAUUAUCCCGGACCGCCCCAACUUCUGGGAGCGUUUAGAGACGGCUUUCAAGGCAGAGAGAGUUGGUACAGGCCGGCGUUAUGACUUUCCCGCUCUAAAGUCACUCACAAUAAGCGGGUACUGGUUCCAUGCGCCCUGGGUCACUAGCUGGUCAAUUAGAUCGCUGAACACCAUGAUUGACUUUACCCGACUGCGAGAGUUAACGAUUACCAACGUUCUUCAACAAGGUAACCUAUUAUUUGAAUAUCUUGCCAACUUGUACUCAGCAACAGGAAGCCAGGGUACAGCGCUACAUUUACGCAAACUAUCAAUGGACAUGUCAUUCCCGUAUCCUGUCAGCGAUAUUGGUGAAAGAGAGGUAAUAAUAGACUCGCAGAUUCGAUUCCUGUCGUCAUUCCAGACUCUCACAAGUCUGCACAUAAAAGACUAUGGCAAAUACAGCGCCGAGAUUCCUGGUAAUCCCGGCUUGCCAGACGCUAUGAUGCAAGCCAUACUCAAACAUAACAACCUGGACAGUCUUGGGAUAUGUUAUUGUGGAAUCAGAAGCGGCGAAAAAUUACCUUACCUGUCGGCAACAGCUGUCGCGACUCUUAUUGACAGCCUGCCCAAGCUGAAAUUACUUGAAAUCGCUCCAGAAGAGGAUAAUACUGAGGCACUCGGGCAAGCGCUCGAACGUGGCACUAACCUCGAGUCAAUCGUAUUCUCAAAUACACCCAGCUGGGCGUCUCAUCAUUGCUCAGACGAGCCCAACAUGGCUUUGCUUGAAGACUUGCUCAAAGCUUAUCUAUCCAGAGAAGAUACCACCAAGGCUCGCAAGUAUAGGUGGGAAGACCACUGCAAGCUCAGAAGCGUGACCAUUGACGAAUCACACUUUCAAAUUGCAUCCAAGUUCAAGAGGGGUGGAAGAGGAAUUGCAAAGCAGAACAAGUUUAGUCUUGGGAGCAAACCAGCGCGGGAAGUUAUGUAUCGGGACGUUGCGAAUGCUAAGCCUUCUCUACCAUAUGAAGGGUUUAGUGGAUUUGUGUAUCUGUUUGAUGGGGAAUUGCUCCGGGAUGACAUUGCUUUUACAUUUGAGCGCCAAGCUUAUCUAUGGGAGAGCGGACGGGAUCCCGAGUUCUCUGAUAGGUCAGGAUGGUGCACAUACAGCCCAGUGCCAACUUUACCGAUCCAACCAAAUCCAGAUCCCACAGAUGACUCUAUGCCAGGCUGGAGACACCAUGUACAAGAGAUGCCAUUCCUUGAUAAUAUACGUCCACGUGGGCUCACACCAACUGGGUUCCGUGAUCAGAUUGUACAGCAGCCAAAUCCCACAGCCUUCUUUCAGGGAUCAGUGUGGUUUAAACUCCCACCUUGUAUCAGAAGAGACAUCCUACGAUUGGCCUUUGGCGACCGCUGUGUGCAUAUGGGUCUGUCCUACCAAAGCCGCGAUGAACGUGACGAGAAUACGGAGGCAUUAGAUGUCAAAGAUAGCAAGUCUUGGCAAUGGUUUGGUUCUGUUUGCCAUAGACCUGUCCUUGAGAAUCAGCCUUCUAUGCCAAUGACCUGCGGAGGUAAUCACUAUGGUCCUUGGAGUGAUAGCUGCAAGAGCGGUGAUCCCAGGCAGGGCUUCAUUGGAAUGACAGGCUGGCUUCUCUCCUGUCGUCAAAAUUAUGCUGAAACCAUCGACGCCUUCUACUCUACUAACACAAUAGCUAUGUCUGGCGAAGCAAUGAUAUCUCACAUCCCACAACUCCUUCUCCCUCAGCGACUUGCAGUAAUAACAUCUCUCGAGAUAAGGUGGCCGCUGCAGAAUGUAUCCGUUACCAACGCAGACAAAAAAGCAGAUCCAUUCCCUCUGGACUUCCAUCUGGACAUAGAUCAAUUCAGUGUUGGUCUCGAUAUCCUAGCUUACAAGCAGUUUCCAAGCCUUCAAAGACUGUACAUCUCGUUUGAGAAACUCAAGCCGCCACGAGACUUCUCACGUCCUUCAAAGCACGUAUUGGUGGCUCAGAAGCUUCGUGAAUUUGUCAAGAACAGGCCAGGCCUUCGUGAAUGCGCCUUCGCACUGCCAGAGGCACUGUUCAAACAUAUCACGGGUAUGGAUGGCAACCGAGAAUCGUUCAGUCAGGUCUGGGAUAGUCUGGAUGGAAGUCUACACAUGAUAUGUAUGCCUUUUGAAAACAGCUAUCCUGGCCCUCCGUUCCAUCUGGAAGAGAGGCAACAAACUGGAUUUUGGCUUUUGGAGGGGUCUGAGAACGACUAUGAUAUUCCCUCGUCACCGAUGAUGUACUCAUCACCAACUUCUUAUUCACCUCAGUAG